AUGUUCCUGCUGCCGGGGGACUCACCGAUGGGCUAUCGAUUGCCGAUCCAAUCGCUCGUCUACGACGACCGGCCGGCGCACGCCAAGGCGUUCCUCGAGGCCGACCCCUUCGACGCCGAGCGCCCGCUGCCGAUGCGGGAGCGUCUGCGGCGCGCGGUGCCCGUGCCCGUCGGCGUCGCCGGCGGUGGCUACGGGUACGGCGGCGGUGGCGGAGACUACGGCCACCACGACUUCCAGUUCCAAGGACGCCACCAUGACGGCAACGGCGCCAAUGGCGCCGGCCACGGCUAUGGCGACAACGGUCACGGCCACGAUCGUUCGCAACCGCAACAUCCCUUGCCGGAAGGAAGCGCUUCGCGGUUCGAUCCCUACAAAGCCGACGUCAACUACAACGACCCGUCGAACCUGAUCCGCACCGCGAUGUGCAUCGAGCCGCGCGGCGGCACGCUCCAUAUCUUCAUGCCGCCUAUCGAACGGCUGGACGUGUACCUCGACCUGAUCGCCGCGGUGGAGGAGACCGCCGAGGACCUGCAACUGCCGGUCGUCCUUGAGGGCUACCUGCCCCCGCACGACAGCCGCCUCAAGCAUAUCAAGGCGACGCCAGACCCAGGAGUCAUCGAGGUCAACGUCCACCCCGCCCACAGUUGGGACGAACUGGUGGAGAUCACGACCGGCGUCUACGACGACGCCCGUGAGAGCCGCCUCGGGACGGAGAAGUUCGACCUCGAUGGCUCCCACACCGGCACCGGUGGCGGCAACCACGUGGUGCUUGGCGGCUCGACGCCAGCGGACAGCCCCUGGCUGCGUCGCCCGGACCUCUUGAAGAGCUUCCUUGGCUACUGGAACAACCACCCGUCGCUGUCGUACCUGUUCAGCGGCAAGUUCGUUGGACCGACGAGCCAGGCGCCGCGCGUUGAAGAGGCGCGGGCGGACAACCUCUACGAACUUAAGAUCGCCUUCGAGCAGGUCCGCAAGGGCGAGCACACGCCGCCGUGGUUGGUUGACCGGAUUUUCCGUCACCUGCUUGUCGACGGCACCGGCAACACCCACCGCGCGGAGUUCUGCAUCGACAAGCUAUUCUCCCCCGACACCUCGUCGGGCCGGCUCGGCCUGCUCGAGUUCCGCGCCUUCGAGAUGCCGCCGCACGCGCGGAUGAGCCUCACACAGCAACUGUUGCUGCGGGCGUUGGUCGCUCGGUUCUGGGAGACACCCUACGAAAAGCCGCUGGUUUCCUGGGGCACCUCGCUGCACGACAAGUGGAUGCUGCCUCACUUCAUUUGGCAGGACUUCGAGGACGUCAUCGAAGCGACCCGCGCCGCGGGCUUCCCGCUGGAGCGUGAUUGGUUUGCUCCGCACCUUGAGUUCCGCUACCCGUUCAUUGGUCAGUUCACUCAGCGCGGCGUGAACGUCGAGCUGCGGCGGGCGAUCGAACCCUGGUACGUCCUCGGCGAGGAAGGCGCCCCGGGCGGCACGGCUCGUUACGUGGAUUCAUCGGUCGAACGCAUGCAGGUGAAGGUCAAUGGCAUGACCGACCCACGUUACGUGCUGACCUGCAACGGCCGCCGCGUGCCGCUCCACCCAACCGGCGUGCAGGGCGAAUUCGUCGCGGGCGUCCGCUACCGGGCGUGGCAGCCGCCGAGCUGCCUGCACCCGACGAUCCCGGUAGACGGUCCGUUGGUGUUCGACCUCGUGGACGAGUGGAUGGACCGCUCCGCCGGCGGUUGCCAGUAUCACGUCGGCCAUCCAGGCGGGCUCAACCCGCAGACGUUCCCUGUCAACGCCCUGGAGGCCGAGACCCGUCGGGCGACGCGAUUCCUCGCUUUCGGUCAUACGGCGCAGUCUCUCGGUGGUCCGGCAAGCACUACUCCGAAUAGCGCCGAGCCUGGAUCGCUGUUCGCUGAGUACGCGCCGAUCGCCGGCGUCUACGACGAGAUGCUCGACGAGACGGGCCGUUCACGGCCCGCCUGGAAGGGCUUCCGCUCGCAGGUCGCGCAGAUCGGCGAAGUCGAGCUGCUGCGCCGCUGGACGCAGUCGCAACGGCUGAUCAACGAGAACGGCAUCGUCUACAGCGCCUACGGCGACGCCGAGGGACGCUACCGCCCCUGGGCGCUCGACCCCUCACCAUUGCUGCUGCACGAAAGCGAGUGGGGCGCCAUCUCGCAGGGCUUGUCGCAGCGGGCUUCGCUGCUCGAGCUGCUGAUCGCCGACCUCUACGGCGACCAGCAGCUAAUCACCUCGGGCCUGUUGCNNCCGGAGGUGGUCUACUCGCACCCGGGCUACCGUGUGGCGUUGCAUCGCCCACCGAUGGCCAAAGGGGGUCGGCCGCCGAACUUGCUGUUUUACGCCGCGGACCUCGGCCGCUCUCCGGACGGCCAGUGGUGGGUCUUGGCGGAUCGGACCGAAGCGCCCUCGGGCGUCGGCUUUGCGCUCGAGAAUCGGCUGGUCACUUCGCGGAUGCUCGCCGAGUCGUUCCGCGAGCGCCGCGUCCGGCGUCUUGCGCCGUUCUUCCUGCAACUGCAAGCGACAUUGCGUCGCUGGGCGCCCGCCGGGCGCACGAACCCGACCAUCGCGAUCCUCAGCCAAGGCGCCGCGCACCCCAAUUACUUCGAAGACGCUUACCUCGCUCGCUACCUCGGCUACCUACUCGUCGAAGGCGAGGACCUCACCGUUCGCAGCCGCCAGUUGUGGAUGAAAACACUCGACGGCCUCGCGCCGAUCGACGUGCUGGUGCGGCGGCCCAGCACCGACCAAUGCGACCCGCUCGAACUGGGGGGCGAGUCCCCAGUCGGCGUAGCAGGCUUGGUCCAGGCAGAACGCGACGGCGCCUUGCUGGUCGCCAACGCUUGCGGCAGCGGCCUGGUCGAGUCUCCGGUCUUUAUGUCCUUCUUGCCACGGCUUUGCCAAGAGCUGUUGGGCGAAGACCUCCAGCUGCCGGGCGUCGCCACUUGGUGGUGCGGCGACCCCGAGGCGCUCGAGUACGUCAUCGAGAACCUCGACACCCUGAUCCUCAAGACAGCCUUCCGGCGCCGUGGCCAAGAGUCGUUGCUCACCAACAAGCUGCGCAAGUCGCCGCGUGACGCGCUGGUGAAGAUGAUCCGCAGCGACCCGGUCAACUUCGUCGCCCAGGAGCAAGUGAACCGCUCCGCGUCGCCGACCUAUCGUCAAGGGAAGGUGCAGCCCGCGCGGGUGGCGCUGCGGGCGUUCGUCGUCGCGGGUGACGGCGAUUACCACGUGAUGCCCGGCGCGCUGGCGCGGACGUCGAUCGACUCCGGGCCGCUGGAGGCGACGCUGCUUACGGGUGAAGGGAGCAAGGACGUCUGGAUCGUAGGAGACAAGCCGGUCGAGGUAGUGACCCUGCUCCCCGGCGAGCACGAGUCGAUCGAACUCGUACGGAUCGGCUCCGAGCUCCCCAGCCGUGUGGCGGAUAACAGCUACUGGUUCGGCCGGCAGCUCGAACGCGCCGACGCCGCAGCGCGGCUGGUGCGCAUCGUCGCGACGCGGAUGAGUAGCGAAGGCAACGCGGCGGACUUUCCUGAGCUGCCCGCCCUGAUCCGCGCACUGGCGGAGAAAGGACAGAUCGAGCCUGGCUACGCCCUGGCCGAGAUGCGUCAGCGGUUGCCGAUGGUUGAGCUAGCGCUUCCGCGCGAGGUGCUGAACCACACACAAUCGAGCUCACUGGCGGCGACGGUCGACCGUAUGUUCGCGUCGGCCGCCAAGGUGCGUGACCGGCUGUCGCGCGACACCUGGCGGAUUGUGCUGCGGGUCUACGAGGACUUCCGCAACCAAGACGCCGGCGGGGCCAACCUCACCGACGUGCUGAAUCUGACGAACGAGCUGAUCAUCGACCUUGCGGCGCUGGGCGGCAUGGUGGUCGAGAGCAUGACGCGAACGCAGUUCUACCGCUUCCUCGACAUCGGCCGGCGCCUCGAACGCGCGAUGCAAGCGAUCGACCUCUUGCGGACUUGCCUCGUCGAGUCGCGCGACGUCUCCCCUGCCCUGCUCGAAGCGCUCUUGGAGUCGGCCGACAGCCUGAUGACCUACCGCGCCCGCUACCGCGCAAGCGUCAAGCUGGCGCCGGUGCUGGAUUUGCUCGUCACCGACGAAACCAAUCCCCGCAGCAUCGCCUACCAACUCAACACGCUCGAACGGCACAUCGGCAAGCUGCCCCGCGCGGACGACGGCGGCCCCGGCGCCCCGCCCGAGCAGCGGCUGGCGCUCGCCCUCUCGCACACCGUGCGGAUGGCCGACAUCCGCGAAAUCUGCGAGGCGUACGAACUCGACAACCCACGCCCCCUCACUAGGCUGUUGUCUGACCUCGAACGCGACCUGCCCGCCUUGUCGCACGCGAUCUCCUUGAAGUACCUGGCUCACUCCGGCCCACCGCGUCAGCUCGCGCCGACGUGA